AUGGCUUCCCACGUCAAAGUCGAGCCAAUAGUCCAUCCAGAGGGCAGCAGCAUCAGUUUUGGAGCCAAUAUCUCUGACAUUGACUUGAUAGACUCGUCUGACGCAGACAUUGAGAUCCUCGCAAAGGCCUUUUACAAGCACCACGUCCUGGUGUUUGAAGGCCAGGAACAUCUAUCGCCACGAGCUCAGUAUGAGUUUACACAACGUCUCAACUCAACUGUUACGACUUCUUCUCGACACAAAGACCAACUCAAUGGCAAGAGCUUCCUCCUAAGCCCAGACCUUAACACAGUUCCGCACCAGCCACAAGUCCAGAUUAUUGGCAACGGCUUCGUUCGUGAGCACGAGGGCGCCAAGAACUUGAAGCUGCGAUACCCGCAUCAUCGCUCGUCGCACUCCACCGUCAUAGAAGACCAAAAUGCACUGAAUCAUACCCGCUUCUACCGCUGGCACAUCGACGCUGACUUAUACGGCGCGCCUCCGCCUAUUGCCACCACGAUCCUUGCCGUCAAAUUACCGAAGAGACGUAUGCAAACCAUUCGAUAUGAUGAUGGCACCGGUGACGAGCUGGUGGCUCCUCUUGGGACGAUUGCAUUCGCCAGCGGAGAAGCCAUGUACGACCUGCUGUCAGAAGAAGACAAGGCAUUUGCGCGAUCUACCAGGGUCGAGUAUGCUGCUCAUCCGUAUCUGUGGAUGGCAUCAGCCAAAUCGCAUCCCACGGGCCUUGGACUCGUCUCUGAAGGCAAAGAGCUCGAAGACGACGAACUGCCGCCUGUCGAUUCGACCUCUAUCCAGGUCCUCCCCAUGUGCUGGCGAAACCCGGUAACUGGUCGACUUGCGCUGCAGGUCCACGCAUCUGUUGCGCGACGACUGCAUCUUGCAAACGGAGAAGUUAUAGAUGAUUUGGAACGGGUUCGUCGUAUCUUGUAUCGGUUGCAGAGACCUGGAAUAGCGCCGCAGUUGGUUUAUACACACGACUGGGAAGAAGGAGACUUUGUGAUUUUUCAUAACCGAGGGCUUAUCCACUCGGUGGUUGGUACGCUGGCAGAUGAUGAGGUGAGAAUAAUGAGGCAGUGCAUAAUUGCGGGAACCGAGAUGCCACUGGGUCCAGAUGAUCUUGCGUAA